AUGUCAAGGGGUUCGGAUUCUGCUGAGGCAGCCCUCAUGCAGACCGAGAGCUGGGGUUCAAUCGAGGAGGUGGUGAAUGCCCCUGUGGAGAAUGUGGCAGGCGAUGCCACGUGGCCGUCGGUGCUGUGCAUGUGGCUGACGCUGCCACUCAAUCUUAUUCAGGGCUGCAUCGGUGGGCUUUGCAGGUUUGCCAUGGCUUUCUUCGUGCUUGGCUGUUACUGCUGCCGAUGCAUUCCGGGCUGGAUCUGCUGUGCGGCCAUGGCCUCUGUAAAGUGUGGCCGUCCUUGCAUCCUGGCACCUUCGUGGUGGAGGUAUGUAUUGGGGGGCUUCAUCGCGCUCUUGGCAAAUUCCAGGAGUCGUCUGGCUUUGUUCAUAUGGGAGUGGGAGGCGUUUGGAAAAGGAGACCACUACUGGCAUGGGGAAGGAUACUGGUCAGUCACCUACGAGGAAUGCAGCACCAUCACGAAGUCCCAACAGAAGAGACGGUCAGCUUUUGCAUGCAUCGAGGCCUGUGUUCCUGACCUCUUUGCUUCCAAUAUUCUGCUCUUCCUGCCCACGGGUGGCCCUGAGAGCGAGUGGGCAGCGAUCCGCAAAGUGCUGCACGCGGCGAUGUUGGACCGAGGUGCUUACCAUUACACAGAGCGCCUGCAAAAGCUGAGCUCGCAGUUAGCUGCCGAGUGGCCAGAGGCAAAACUCACGGAUUUCGAUGAUACGGAAAAGUUGCGACUUAUGGUCGUGAAGUGCGUCUUCUUCAUGAUCUUUGGUAUUUGGCUCGAGGACAACGAUGCACUGAUCCUCCGCAAGUGGCGAGACUAUGCUGUAUUCUUCGUCCUCCCACGGCUGAUUCACCGCUUCAUCUUCAAUUUCGCCAUUGGCAGGGUAAAGCAGCUUCGGGUGGACACGGUCGGGGUCAUUGAAAAGCACGGGCUUCAGCAAAUGUUUGUCGACAUGAACAAGAACCUUCCAGAGAAAUACCGAAGGCCGACGGACGUGAAGCUCUGCGAUGAGAUCAUGUUUGCCGUGGGCUUUGCUGGGAUCGGUGGCACGAGUGCUUGCUGCGAGACAGUGGGCGCUUUCCUUCAGAGAAAGAUCCCUGAAGAAGCGAGCGCCCAUCUGAUUAGCUUCGAGAAGUAUCCGACGACCGAAGACAUGUUGGAGGCAUACAAAGCCAGUCCGGUGAAGUACAUCAAGGAGUCUUGUCGCAUUGACCCGCCGGUGACGAGCUGCACUCGCGUUGACCCCGACGAGCGGGAGCUCCUAUUCAAGGGUGUCCCAUACACGAUGCCGCCGGAGACACUGAACCAGUACGUCAUCUCCAUGGCAAACCGAGACACCAAGAUCUUCGAGAACCCAGAUGUCUUCGAUCCUACCCGCAAGGAGCUGGACCAAGCCCUUACGUGGAAUGGUGCUUUUGGCACGCCCAAUGAGGAGACGGUGUACCCUCGGAUUUGUCCUGGCCGCUUCCUUGCGCUGGAUGUCGCACAGGCCAUCGUGGGGCACGUGGUCGGAAUCAAGGACGAUGGCAGGGAUGCGCGAAUGUUCUGCUAA